GCAAAGCUUGGUGGCAUGAUUUAAAAAGAACGGAGAGAAUGGUUUUCGAAAUCGUCAAAGUUCUCUCAAGUUUUACGUUUUUCUUAGAUCUUAAACUUACCUUCUUUAAGGAUAUGACCUGUCGUAUUACCUGAUUAAGAAUCUGACACUGGGAUAUUACGAACGACAAGUGGCAAUUGGUCUUAGUAAUGGGCAAUGACACUUGGCAGCGAAGAGUCUAGAGGUGCUUGGCAGUUGCAAUAAACAUGGGUUGUAUUUGCCUCAACAAAUGCGCAUGCUAACCCCUGUCCUGUGGAUCCAACCCCACAUGCUUCUUUGUGAUUCAUUUCUCUUUGAGUAGUUAGAGAACUCGUUGACUGAAACCAAGAUCGGGCAUUCGAGGUUGUAGACGAGGUUGUACUUUUGAUGAGAAUGCAGUCGUGUGUUGAUUUGUGAGUACAUUCAGCAGGGAUUGAACUCUUAUCAGCAUUUGCGAAGCCUGUGAAGAAUUCCCAAGACGUAGGGUUUGUGAUUCUCCAUGAAGUGAAUUGUAAUGUUGAUGGUUUAAAGAUAGAGACGGGUCAGUUUCUUUAGGAGAGAUCUGCAGCAUCAGGGGUUGAUUUCAAAAGAAUUUGUAUUUUCGAAGAGGACGACCGUGGAGAAGCCCCGCUGAGUGUCAAUCAGUGAAUCAUUUUCUUUGCAGAUUUCUUUCUUUAGCAUUUUUUAUUUCAUGGCUGAGGAAGGCAGCAACAGCCCAAGCCAAGGAACCAAAGAGCGAACAAGCUUUCGAGACGACACAACCCCCUACGUGAAGGACAGGAGGAGCUUGACGGGCAUGUCGGAAAAGGUGAAGGCAGCGUUGGCACCCUUACUCGGCGGUUCCAAGCACUACUCAGAAGUGGAGGUGGACCUCGGCCGAGAGUCUGAAGCCGCCACAUACGAAACGGUGCCCAUGGGCUCCACGAGCAUGACCCGCCUCAGCACCGUUGCCGGCACACCUGAAGAACACGGAGCAUCAACAGCAGCAGCAACGACUGAGUCCGUCAGCAGUAACGACUCCGAUCGUCUUCCUGCAGCACUUCGAGACCAUCUUCCUGUUCAGAGCGUUGGAAUAGGUGGAAAUGCAACCUCAUCUGCAGUGAGUGGUGGAAAGCAUGGUCCAGGGCACAACCCUAACGAAGACAAGUAUGUGUUGGACGGCACCAAGGACCCAGUUGAUCGAUUCAGCAACACAUCUACCUCUUGAGAUUCACACUCCCUCCAACUGCUCAUGUGGGUGUCAAUGUGAUCCCCUUGCUCCACACCUCCUCUCGAAUCCUCGAUAUUGCAUCUUUGAAUGCGGAAUGUGCAGAAAGCUUCUCGUGAACAAACAAUGCUGGGGGUGAAAGGAAAGUCGGGGUAUGGAUCAGAGUUUUCGGUGAGAAUUAAGGUUGCAAAGAGAACGGGGUUUAUAACUAAGUCAGGAUCCCCCCCCACCCCCCAGUUUCUUUUUUUCUUUUUUUCUUUUAUUAUCUUUUUAUUUUCUUUGCUUUUGGGUAGUGUGAUCCUUCAAUGUGGUUGUUGUGCUUAUUGUAAUGCCCGGUGAACUGCUGUUGGAAGUAAACGACGACUACUGCAGAGAGGCUCCGGAAAUUCUCUUCUCCUGAC